AUGAGUACCGACAGAUUGCCGUCGCUCCCUCUCCCUCUGCCGAGCCAGGCAUACUCGUCGGGGGCCUCGUCGUCUCGCGUCAGCUCCAUUGCCUCGUCAAUCGGCUCGCACGCGGGGUCUCAGUCGUCCUUCACCUCGGCCACGUCGUCCAACGGGCCAAAGACGCCUUCUCCCACCCUGCCCGUCGGCGUCAUCACCGCUCCGCCCACCACCAUUGUGAGCUACGACGCCAUGAACCAGGGCGCCGACAUGUACUACCCCCAGCACAUGUCUGCUGGCCAGCCGCCGCCGCCCCAGACCGUCACCUCGGGCGGCAUGACGCACUACCAACAACAACAGCCGCCUUUGCUGCAGCACGGCCACGCCCAGUACUCCAACCCGGCCCAGUAUAGCCAGUACGGCUACACGAAUGGCCUGACGUCGCCCCCCACGGCCCAGACCGUCUCCAACCCCAUGGGCGCGCCCCAAAACGUCUUGCCCCUGCCCGGCGUCGGUGGCCACGGGCCCAUGCAGAACCAGUACGCCGGCUUCGACACCACCGGCCAGCAACCCCCUCCGGGCAUGAAGCCCCGCGUCACCGCCACCCUCUGGGAGGACGAGGGCAGUCUGUGCUUCCAGGUCGAGGCCCGCGGCAUCUGCGUUGCCCGUCGUGAAGACAAUCACAUGAUCAACGGCACCAAGCUCUUGAACGUUGCUGGCAUGACCCGAGGUCGGCGAGACGGCAUCUUGAAGAGUGAAAAGGUUCGCCACGUGGUCAAGAUUGGGCCCAUGCACCUCAAGGGCGUCUGGAUCCCCUAUGACCGAGCCCUCGACUUUGCCAACAAGGAGAAGAUCACGGAGAUGCUGUACCCGCUCUUUGUGCACAACAUCGGAGCUCUCCUAUACCACCCCAACAACCAGAGCCGGACAACCCAGGUAAUGGCCGCCGCUGAGCGCCGAAAACAGGAGCAAGGACAACUGCGAAAUCCACCUCCGCCGGGCCUGCCCUCGAUCCAACAACACCACCACCACUCAAUGGCGCUCCCCGGCCCGCAGCCGUCGCUCCCGUCUCAGUCCAACAUUGCCCGCCCGCCGCUUGACCGAUCACAGACGUUUCCCACGCCGCCGACGAGCGCCUCGAGCGUCAUGGGAAGCAUGGGCGCCUCCGAGAGUUUCAACUGGCAGGGACAAGGAAUGAAUGGAGCUCAUGCCACCACGCCACCAGGCACCGCCAUGACUAACAUGAACUCCUACUCGUCGGGCGCGCAAGCCUACGACGGGUCUCGCCAGAUCUACAGCGCCCCCACGUCUCAGCACUCGCCGUACCAGACGUCGACCAACGGCACCCAGGAUCGCAUGUACGCGCAGUCGUAUGCUAAGAGCGAGAUGGGUCCGCCGUCGAGUCGCCCGGGCGGGCAUCAGGGCGAGCAGCACGAUAGCAAGCCCCCCAACGGCAUCAUGGCGUCAGAGCAGGCUGCCCAGCACCAAGCUGGGGACGACGAGGCCGACCACGAGCAUGAGACCGAGUACACGCACGACAGUGGCGCCUAUGACGCCUCGCGUACAUCGUACAACUACACGGCACCCGGCGUUGGGUCCCUGGCCGGCGACGGCAACAUGCCGUCCGAGAUGACGGGCUCGCCGAACCAUCCGCCCGCUUCGGGACGGGCCACGCCGCGGACGGCGGCGCCUCACCAGCCCUAUUACCCGCAGCACACGGGCUACAGCACCCCGCCCCGCGUCCCGUCAUCGAGCAACCUCUUCAACGUUGCGGGCAGCGACCGGGCACAGCACAGCGGAGCGUCGGGCGCCGAUGUCUACGCACCGCCGGCCGACAUUGCCGGCUCCAUGAACAACAGCUACGCCCCGCAGUCGUCUGUCAUGAACGGCUCGGCGGGGAGCCUGAAGAGGGGGCGCGACGAUGACGACGACGACAUGUCUCGAUCCGCCAACGGCGGGCCCGGCAUGGGCGGCCUAGAACUCAAGCGGCGAAAGACGCUGAUGGAGUCGACGGUACCCGCGCCUGUAUAUGACGCCCUGAGCCGACCUGCCUCGGCCAUCGCAGCACCCCCGAGGCGGUAA